AUGAUAACAAUACCACUGAUUGCAUUUUUUGGAUUGUCGCUAUAUGUGUACUUCAAGAUACGAUAUAAAUUCGCCGAAAAAAUACCGGGUGUCGAGCCGAUGCGAUUCUUUUUCAACAAUGGACUGGAUUUUGCGAAUAAAAAUUCCUACCAGAUUUUCUUGAACUUAACGCGUGCUUUCAGCGAGAAUAAACGAAUUUUCAAGCUAAAGUUUGGACCGAUCGCGAUAAUUUGUCCAACCCAUCCGGAUCUGAUACAGAAGGUGCUAUGCGAUUCGGCCAGCAUGGAGAAACCGUACGUGUAUGGCUUCCUGCGGGUGAUGCGAGGACUGCUGAUAGCGGAAUACGACCUCUGGAAGGUCCACCGCAAGGUGCUGAACCCAACCUUCAACACCCGUAUCCUGAACAGCUUCAUACCGAUCUUCACCGAUUGUGCCGACAAGAUGAUCAAAAGUAUCCAGAAGCACUGGAGACCGGGUCAGCCGCUCAACAUCAUUGAGUUUACCUCUCCCUGUACGUUGAGCAUGAUCUGCAGGACUUCUUUGGGCGGUAAGGUAUUGGAACGUGAAGGCACGCAGGAGUUUGUUGAAGGAUUGGAAGUAAUUCUUCGCAAUGUUGGUCUUCGGAUGUUCAACGCGAACCUUCACCCGGACAUCGUAUAUCGUUUUACUCGUUUCUACCGCGAUGAGAUGAACGCACGAAAGUUCUGUUAUGCAUUUACGGAUAAGAUUAUUCUCGAAAAGCGAGCAGAGUUUGCAAAACUGCAGAAUAAAGAUGACACCAACAAUAAUGCGAAUGGUUUGGCCAACGGUGGAAAGCAACCGAUGCAAAAAGCAGAACCUGAAGAGGAGGAAGAUGAUAUGUUGUCCUAUAAGAAGCCACAAAUUUUCAUUGAUCAGCUGAUGACGACUCCACUGCCAGACGGAAAAAUGUUUACACAUGAAGAAAUAACCGAUCAUAUUUACACAAUGAUUGCUGCUGGAAAUGAAACCUCUGCAACGCAGGCUGCCCACACUGCAUUGCUGCUGGCCAUGCACCCAGAAGUUCAAGAACGAGCCGUUGCCGAACUGAGAGAAGUGUUCCCCACGCGUGAAUCCGGUUGGACCCCCGAGGCUAUGAAACAGUUAGCCUAUAUGGAUCGAAUAAUUAAGGAAUCACAACGUCUUUGCCCUGUGGCCGCCGUGUUUGGUCGGCAAACGCUGAGCGAUUUACAGUUAGACGAGUUUGUCAUUCCGAAAGGAAAUAUUUUCAUUCUCAACAUAUUUGCACUGCACCGGCGGAAGGAGUUCUGGGGAGAAGAUGCUGAAGAAUUUAAUCCGGAUCGGUUCUUGCCGGAACCGACCAAAAAGCGUCAUCCAUUCGCGUAUCUUCCGUUCAGUGCAGGUCCCAGAGGAUGUAUCGGAAGUCGCUAUGCAACGAUGAGUCUAAAAACGAUCACCUCUGAACUGCUGAGAAAAUAUAAACUUACAACGGACAUGAAAUACGAGGACAUCAAGUUCAAAUUCAAAGUUUCCAUGCAUUUGGCUACCGAACACCGGGUUUUCCUUGAACCUCGAAACAUGUACUCCUAA